UCGUGAGGUGAAGGACACAAGCAUUAUGGAACAUCUCAGCUGCGAGCUGUAAAGUUUGUUGAGUUCGUUGUCAUGCUAUGUAACUGGUACCUAAACUGAAGAAAAUCAUGUUUACUUCGAGUCUGAGGAUGUUUAACAGAAUUUAUUGGAACACGUGUGCUCAAAAUAUUAGAAAGUGUAAUUUAUUUGGAAAUAUCAUGAGAAACUAUGGAACCACAUAUGUACCUCAUUUGAAGAAAACGCCCAAAUUGUCUGAUUCCACCGCAGUGAAAGAAAUCAUAGAAUCCUAUGACACAUUUCUAGUCGAUCUGGAUGGCACACUAUGGGCAACUGAUCACUACAACUCUCUACCUGGCAUUCCCAGGGCCAUUGAAUUUUUGAGGAAUAAAGGAAAGCAAAUUCUAUUUGUAACCAAUAAUAGCUUUCAUUCGAAUUCCCACUACUUAAACAAAUUUAAGACUCAAGGUUUUGAGGCAGAGGAAAAUGAGGUUUUUGGCAUUGCUUAUGUCUCGGCGCUGUACCUUAAAGAUAUUCUGAACGUUACAGGUGACAUUUACAUGUUGGGAACACACGGCAUGGCUCAUGAGCUUGACAAACUUGGCCUGAAACAUUUUGGAUUAGGUCCGGAUCCAGAUGCUACAAGUCUACAAGUGGAUGAUUUACUUAAAAUGGAAUUCAGAGAAAAUGUACAAGCAGUUCUGAUGGGAUUCGAUAAGGAUUUUCAUUACAAUAAAAUCUACAAAGCAGCAAGUUACUUGAUGAACAAAGACUGCCAUUUCAUAGCCACCAAUGAUGUAGAAAUUGCAGUGCAAAUUGCACCCAACAGACUACAGCCCACAACUGGAAGUCUUAUCGCGUCAGUGGCCACUGCCUCCAAAAGGACACCUCUAGUGCUCGGCAAACCUCACACCCUCAUGUUUGACUGUGUUGUAGAUAUAUACCCAGAAACAGAUGCAAAGAGAACUCUCUUCGUAGGGGACAGUUUAAAGGCUGACAUUAGGUUUGCAAACAAUGUUGGUAUUGACUCUGUGCUUGUACUGACUGGUGCUAACAAAAUGGAAGAUUUCAAGGACUUUCCAGAUGCUAUCCCAACAUAUGUAUUGUCAUCUUUUGCAGAUUUUUAUAUACCUUAGUUUUGCAUAGACUGUUGCAAACUAAAUUUUGUUUGGUCAAUGGUGGUUAGUCAUAAUGUAAAUGUAUCUAAGUCAAGUGUAUAAUGUAUAUUGCCUCUUAUACUCAGGGACAAUUUAUAUAUAUUGUAUUAUGUGAAUUUUUGAACGACAAUCAUGUUGGUGUAGAUUUAUAUUUUCUUUAUAAUACUGUACAUUAUAAUAUAUUUCAGGAAAUAUUUUUAGAGGCAUCUAUUUAUUUAUUUU